GCACAGUCAGGCGAUCGUGGGGACGAGCUCGAGAUAACCUUGAUUUAAAGUCCAGCACGUCUUCCGACUCGGCGGGAUGGAUGUGCCUGCCCGACUCGCUCAACUAACACUGUACCGAAUACACUAUCCGUGUCUUAUACACGGACUCCUCCAUGCAACGCAUGUCGAGAUGCUAUUUCAGGCUUGUCUCGGCUGAGAACCUGCGCAAAUGAAUCGUGCCAUGCUGCAUGCAUGUUCGGCAAAUCCCUACGCAAUUCUGUGCUUUUUUCCUUCUUCUUCCCUUUCGGGCUCUCGUUCUUCUCUCCCUCUUUUGGGUUGCAUUUUUCUUAUUUAUUUUUCCCAUCGGGACCCCUCCCGGAGUCUUCGGCGUUCUUGGCGCCUGUCACAGUCCACGCCGAUUUUAAAGCCACAGCGGCAUUACAUCACCUUGCUUAUGCCAAGCUUUUGCGCCUCACAAACGAGAUUGCCGACAAUCGGGCCAACCAGGAUAACCCACAAGGCUGGGAAUUGGCCUCAAACCGACACUUAUACACCACUGCAAACAUUCAAAGUACAGUUUUUGUUCCUGCGACUGAGCAAGUCUAGAA